AUGGACGAUAUAAGAAUAUCGAAGUACCAUCGAAUGGGCCAAUUCCACGAUAAACAGAUGUCACCCAGACCAAUGUUUGUCCAAGUGUCGGACCCCAUACACAAAGAAGCGAUAAUGAAGGUCGUGUACAAGCUGAAGGAGAAGAAAUCCCCAGUACGGAUCAGCCAGCAACUACCCGAAGCGAAACGAGAACAUAGGAUCCGCCUAAACGAAAUCCAGUCACAGUACGCAAAGAAAAACAUUACAACAGUGGUCAAGCGGGAUAGACUGGUUUUUUCUAACGGUACAACAUACCGGGACAAAACGGGCGGACGACCACAAGCAGACGAGAUACUGGUGGCAGACGAGGACACAAAGGAUUACGCCUCCGGUGAUAUCAUAGAAGAUAACGGUAACCGUUUCGAAGCUCGAGCCGUACAGGUAAAGACGCACCGAGAGGUAAGGAAAGAACUGGUUAAUUUGCUACGCCUACCCAAUGUGUCUAGUGCAACACAUAAUGUGUAUGCCUAUCGUUUCGUGAACCAGGAUGGGGUCAUCCAAGAGGGAUCAGAGGAUGAUAACGAACACGGCGCGGGACGUACGCUCCUACGGACGCUUAGAGAAAAUAACGUGCAAAACGCUAUGGUACGUACUCGCGUCAAGAUGGUACGCAUGUAA